GAUUGCCUUUGUCUGAUAAGAAAACAACUGCUUUACGAAUGUCGUUCUGCUUGUUUAAGAAUGCAAUUUAAUUAAAUUCUAUAUGGCCAGGUCAGUUCUUUCGGCAUUUACCUAACCAGUGCCAUCGUUCAGAAUACAAACCGGCUUCGACAACAUGUUGAUGAAAACUGCAACCGCCUUCGUUUGAUACCAACUUUGUUUGAAACGACAAAUGAUCUUGAUGGUUGAACCAACUGAUUUGAUAACACGUUGCUAGGAGGGUAGAUAUCGGCUAUGUGUACAUUACAUGUGGACAUGUUCGAUGCAGUCAGUUCGCGGAGCCUUAUCUAAGGUUGUUAGGCCGGUUUCUGGCGUAAAUUUGUCAUCAACUUGCCUCGAAAAAGUUAGCUUUCAGUAGCUGUGCUUUCUUCCUGCCGUUCUAGCACGAUUCAGUGGCAGCAAAAUUAGCAUUUUUACCUCAGAAUAGUUUUGUUAAGUGCAUCCCAAGAUGAAGGCGGAACACCACAGUGGCAGUUGGUCCAUGAAAUGGAUCAAGUUCUUCCUGUUCAUGACCAACGUUAUGUUUGUGUUCACAGCUAUACUGGUGAUUUCAACCGGAGCAGCCGUACAAUCGAUCUACAGCGAUUUCACCAACUUCAUCGAUGACCAGUUCUAUUCGCCGACGCUCAUGUUCAUCUUUAUCGGGGUGAUAACGCUGCUGAUUGCGACGUUCGGAUUCAUCGGAACUAUUCGGGAGAGCACCUUGCUUAUCAAUAUCUAUUGUGGCCUAUUGUCGGUAGUAUUCCUACUCGAAGUUACGGCUACCCUGGUAGGAGUGUACCAUCGGGAAGAAUUGGAUGGUCUUCUGGUGCAAACGAUGAACUCAUCCAUCCAACACUACGCGUGGAAUAGCCAUCUUCAGGAAUCGGUUGACUUUAUGCAAAUCGAGCUGGAAUGUUGCGGCAUUCGUAGCUGGACCGACUGGGAAAACGUGUUCGCGGUGAUUGAUCUGGACAACGGAAACACCCGGGCGGAACUUCCGGCCUCUUGCUGUGCCACCUAUCUGGAGGGUGAAUGCGUUCCCUUCGUGGCCGGUUGUUAUCCGCGGAUGUUGGCCCUGCUGACGCAUUGCUCCCGAACGGUCAUCAGCGGAAUUUUACUGGUUGCCUUCGUUCAGAUUUCAUCUGCGAUGUUCGCCUUCAUGCUUGCCAAAAGGAUAAGACUAGUCAAAACGAAACUGAGCCUAAGUAAUGUAAAAUAUGAAAACACAGGCUCAUUCGAUUAUCGGAGACUACAGGAGCUGACCAUUGAAAACUCCAAGGACCAUUUUUUCAAAUAAGUAUUUAAAAUUAUAAUAGUCAAUACUCCGAGAUUAAUCGAAUAUAUGUAUUAGCUUUGAUGUAAAACAAGCUUAAAUAAAUGUAGGCUUAAUAAAUAAAUUAUGAUACGGAUAUCACACACA